GAUCAGCUUUACCGACCUACAUACGCCCUGCAGCCACCUAUUUAAGAGGCAUCCACAGUCCGAACAGAGCAUGUCUGAUUGGGUCGGUCUGAAGAUGCAGUUAUCCUCUGUUGUCUGGUCUCCGAAGCAGCUGCUGCAGCUCUGCAUCAGCACCCUGCACGGUAUUCUGGCGAGCGUCUUUUUAAAAGUUCGUAAGUGGACAGUGGGAGCCUGCAAGGGGACGAUAACUUCACCUGUGUCUCCCGUUGACAGCAAACUGGACCAGAGCAACGUGCACAACGCGACGACUCCGACAAGUGUCAAUUAUCAUUUUACACGCAAGUGUAAUUACAAAUGUGGGUUUUGUUUCCACACUGCAAAAACAUCCUUCGUCCUUCCUCUAGAGGAAGCCAAGAGGGGGCUCAAACUUCUGAAGGAAGCAGGCAUGGAAAAGAUCAACUUCUCUGGCGGAGAGCCUUUCUUGCACGAUAAAGGAGAGUUUCUGGGGAAGUUAGUUCAGUUCUGUAAACAGGACCUCCAGCUCCCAAGUGUCAGCAUCGUCAGCAACGGAAGCAUGAUCAAAGAAAAAUGGUUCCAGAAAUAUGGUGACUAUCUGGACAUCUUGGCCAUCUCUUGUGACAGCUUUGACGAAGCAACCAACCAGCUGAUUGGCAGAGCUCAGGGCAGGAAGAGCCACCUCGACAACCUUUACAGGAUUUGCGACUGGUGCAAGCAGUACAAAGUGGCAUUCAAAAUCAACUCGGUCAUCAACACCUUCAACGUGGACGAAGACAUGGGGGAGAACAUCACUCGGAUUGGCCCCGUACGCUGGAAGGUAUUCCAGUGUCUGUUGAUUGACGGGGAAAAUGCAGGAGAGACAGCCCUGAGAGAGGCGGAGAGGUUCGUCAUCAGUGACCAACAGUUUCAGGAGUUUCUGGAGAGACACAGCAGCGUCUCCUGCCUCGUUCCUGAGUCCAAUGAGAAGAUGAGGAAUUCCUACCUGAUCCUGGAUGAAUAUAUGCGUUUUUUGGACUGUCGAGAUGGAAGAAAGGACCCGUCCAAAUCCAUCCUCGAUGUUGGUGUUAAGGAGGCCAUUUGCUUUAGUGGCUUUGAUGAAAAGAUGUUUUUAAAGAGAGGAGGCAAAUAUGUGUGGAGCAAAGCCGACAUGAAGCUGGAAUGGUGAAAAUCUGGAUGAUUGAUUUAUGUUUGUUGAGAGAUUGCACUCAUAAUUUGUACAGUACUCGUGUUUUUUUCUUUAUUUGUGUGUGCUACUUUUAUAACUUAAGACAUGUUGAAUUUAAAGUCACAAUUUUUGCACUUUCUUGUUUUGAUAGAUUGGUUUAUAGAUUAUUCUUUCCUUGCACUGCAGACAGUUGUGUGACCAAAUAUAUUUUAAUAAAAACACUUAUUUGUGAAAA